AUGAUCCGUCAAGAUUUCAACCGCAUCGAUGCCAAGAGGCGCAAUGUCCUCGACCAUCGCAAGAAGCAGUUCGCUGAUCCCGCCUACAAGGCCGCCGAUUACCCUCACCGACUGAAUUUCUACUCGACGCCUCCGACUGCAGACAUCACGCUUGAGCAAUUCGAGCAAUGGGCUAUUGAUCGCCUGCGAAUUCUCGCCGAAUUGGAAGCAUGUUCCUUCCGCAAUAAGUCACCCGCCGAGACAGCAGCACACAUGAAGCCGCUAUUGGAGAAAUACCUGCCCCUCGAGACGAAUAGCUCAUCAUCUACGCGUCUAUUUGCCGAGAGACAAAAGGACCACUACAGCCACUUCAUCUUAAGACUGGCAUUCGCGUCAACAGAGGAUCUACGCCGCCGGUUCACGAGGGUGGAGACGAUGCUCUUCCGCCUGCGCUUCAACGCGGACGACAUGCGGGAGCGUGCUGCCUUCGUGCAGAGCCUCAACCUAGACUGGGAAGUUGUAUCCGAGGAGGAACGAAGAGAAUACGCUGCUGAGCUAGCCGCAACAAGCGCGAGUGGCUACGGACGGAAGAUGGCGCCGGAAGAAGAGACUUGGUGCAAGGUAGACUGGGAGCGAGUCCCAGACCUGAUUGAGGGUCGAAGGGUGUUCCUAAAAGCGGGCAAAGCAUAUGUUCCCUCAAAGGAGCAGGCGAGCAUGGUGAUCACCGAGUUCAGCUCAAGAUUAGAGCGAGCUCUUGAGUUGACUGCUCGCGCUCUGCCACGUCUUGAUGAGGAUGACCGCCUCACGCCAAUCCUUGACCAUCUUUCCAAGAACUUCGUCACCCCUGACGCGUCGUACAGCAGUGGUUCCUCUGGCGGGCCGGUAGGCGCCGAGAUUACCGCACGCAACAUAGAUAAUCUUUCCAAGCAUUUCCCAGCAUGCAUGUCACAUCUACACCGAUCCCUCCGAAGGGAUGCACAUCUCAAGCACUAUGGUCGUCUACAAUACACACUUUUCUUGAAGGGCAUCGGUUUGAACCUCGAGGAGUGCCUCAUCUUCUGGAGGCAAUCAUUCAGCAAGAUCACCGACGACACCUUCAACAAGGAAUACCGGUACAACGUGAGGCACGUGUACGGUGAUGUGGGUGGUGAUUCAAACAGGAGAGGUGGCGGAUAUAGUCCAUUCAGCUGUCAGAAGAUUCUCACUGAACACCCGCCCGGGCCAGGUGAGGCCCACGGAUGCCCAUACAGACACUUCAACAUGGAGAAUCUCACAUCUUUACUCCAAGGAAUGGGCAUCAACGAUCGUGGAGUAUUACAAGGCGUGAAGGAAGACAAGGACAGCCAGAAGUUCCACAUGGCAUGCAACCGUGUCUUCGACCACGUGCACAGGGCUGAGAUCAAGCGCGCCAAAGACGAGGGUGUCAUGACAGCAGCACAGCUUGAAACUAUUGUUCAUCCCAACGAGUACUUCAAACGCAGCUACCUGCUGAAGAAUUUGGGCAAGAACGGCGACGACGUGAAGAUGGAGGAGUAA